AUGGCGGGUGCCCCCGAUUUGGCGUAUUGGGCCGUGGUUGGGGGUGUCUCCAUAUACGACGGCUCUCUUCUUCUCAUGGCUGCAAUCCAGGAGUCGACUAACUAA